AUAACUGCUGCCUUUGGCUGUUGUGGCUUUGAAUAUUUCUGUUUGGAGAUAUUAAUGAUCUGGUUUUUGUGUGUGUGAAAACCAGGGAGAAAGUGAGGUCAUCUGACCGGUCAAGAAGUUCAGAUGUCAACCUUACCUGGGAUAAGGACACUAGAAACUUUUUAGCGUCCUUACUCCCAUAUUCUCCUUCAUCUUUGAAGGAAGAAGCAACGCUGUGAACAUCCAAUGAAGGAACCACAAGAGAAAAGGGCUACCGCGAAAACUUCAGGAAUCUCAGAAGCAGAACACCCUUCACCCCAACCUGGACCGUCAGCACCAAGAGGCCUAGCCCCAACCCCUGCCUUUAAUGAGGAAGAAGUGGAAAAAAGAGAGGAUUCUUCCUCAUCAUCUCCCUAUUUUGUGUAUGAGAAGCCACAUACCACCUCCACUCGUAAAGUCAACUCGGCAGAAGACUCUUGUUACAGUUGUGCUUAUUAUGCCCGAGUUAGGACUGUAAAAGGGGUAGCUAUUAAAUGGCACACCUCAGCGGGGUUCCGGGCCGUGGGCAAAAAGCCCCGGAUGUAUGAAGCCGAGGUGUCAGGGGAAACCACGAUUGGGUCUCCUCCCACCAGUAGUGUUACCACAAUGCGCCAGGACAUUGAAACUCACUCUUCCGUGGAGGAUCCUUGUGAGAUCAAAAUGGAAGAAAUAACUUUCCAGGUCUCCCAAAAUGUGGAGGAAGAGCCUUUUGAAGACCCUAGUGAGGAUGAAAAGCCUGGGCCCUCCCAUAGGGAAGAGGAGGAGAGACCAAGGGUGGCCACCCCAGACUGGCUGGUCACCACCGACAAAGGCUUCCGCUGCCUGGCCUGCUGCCGGGUAUUUCUGACCCUGGAGGCCCUCAUGGAGCACGCCCGUUAUGGGGUAAAGGAGGGUUUCAGCUGCAGAGUCUUUAACGAGGCAAUGCUGGAAAUGAGAUGUAAUCAGGAGAAAAAGCGUGAGAUUCGCUGGCGGCAAGCCGAAGUCCGGCGGCAUCAGCUGGAGACCUGGCAACGUCACGUGCACAACUGGCGGCACGGCUUGGAGGCUGGGCAUCAUCAGGAGACCCCAUUUAAUCAAGCACAGGUCCGGCGGCGUCACCUCGAGACCUGGCAUCGACAAGCGCAGGCCCGACGGCGACGAAUACAGACCCAUUUUAAUCAGCUUCGAGGGGAACAUCGCCACCAGGAAUCCCAGCAUCAGCAAGAGACUCAGUUUAAUCAGCUGCGAGCUCAAUAUCGUCAACAAGAAUCCCAGCAUCAUCAAGGGCAAAACCGACAUCGACUGGAGGCUUUACAUCAUCGCCGAGAAAGUCAGAUUCAGCAAGGCCUCAACAGGUGCCAUCAACUAGACACGUGGAACAACCAGACCCAGGCCUGGCGCCACAGGCUGGAGGCCGUGCAUCGUCACCGAGAGAGCCAACUGCAGCAAGCCGAGGCUCGUCAUCAUCGCCUGGAAACGUGGUGCCAUCAGGCCCGGGCGCGGCGGCUGAGACUGGAGGCCCAGCGGCACCAGCGCGAAGCGCGCCACCUCGCCGAGGCCCAGCACCGCCACCGAGAGACCCCGCACCAUCGGGCCCGAACUGGCUAUCAUCAGCUGGAGAGUGUCCACCAUCAGCAGGAGGGCCCGCUGAAUCCGGAGCAGGCCCAGUACUGUCCGUUUGAGACGGUGCAUCACCAGCGAGAGGCCCAGCUCUAUCCAAGUGGUGUCUGGCAUCAUCAGCUUGAAAUCCGGCGUCCGCAUCAGACCCAAGCUCAGCAUCACAGACUAGAGACUAUGCGGGACCAGCGAGAAGCCCAGCUCCAUCAAGCCGCCGAGGAACAGCAUCGGGCGAGAGAAACCCAUCGCCACCAAGCUCGGGCGCAGCACCGUAGAACUGUGAUACGGCAUCACCAAGCCCAUGCGCAGCGUCGCUGACCAGAAGCCAGGAGCGCCUUCAGAGAGCCUGCUGUCCAACGCUUAGCCCAGAGGGGCCAGGGCACCAGCAAGGACCCGAGCCGGAUCACUCCCCAAAGGGGAGCGAGUCUUGAUGUGGAGAAGCCCCAGCGAGCCCAAGGAGAGAUUCAACUCUUUUGUUAUCACAGUUAUCCUUAAUCAUCCAUCUCCCAAACUUUAACAUCUACCAAAGGUGAUGAGAUGCAACUGGACUCAGUAGCUGCUGUGACAUGAAGGAUCAAGAAGACUACAACACAAGUUGAGUCCGGAGGCAAGGAAGUCGGCAAGAGCUCGAGGCAAUAUCACUUACUAGGAGUGGAGUGCCGUGAGGAGGAGGAGACCCAGAGGGCAACCUUCAAGAGAAAAGGGAAUUUGUCUUUCUAGGAAAAUAGAUGUCUCCAGGCCUAUGACUUGCUGGGUAGGCCAGAUGUUUCAUUCUCAAGACUCCAUUAGGGAAACCUACACUGGUAUAUAAAUGCCACUAAUGCUUUAUGGAGGUCCAAUUCCAAUUUUGUAUCCACUAUGAUCUCUUAAGACUGUUAAGACCUAUAGCAGUGGCAGCAGUGAUGGUGGUGGCAACAGCAGCAGCAAGCAUUUAUAAAGCACUUUAAGGUUUGAAGAUCAGAUGAAAUGAUCUUGUGGUGUUCAUCUGUCUGGCAGUAUCUGUGGCGUCAGACACAAGCUAGAUUUGAAAAUAUCUUGCACUUUCCCCAUGACAGAGAUUUUUGUCCCAUCAUUUUCUAAUCUUGUACAAUAAAUCAUUGUCAAAUGUC